AUGAACAUCAUUUUUGCACGACUGGUCAACACAUUCAAUAGCUUAGCGACUGAGAAUCGAUCCCCCGAAGAACUUUCGACAAAGGUUACAUCUACAGUCAAUCAAUUUGUACUAUACAUCGUCUACUUAUUCAUCGGUCGACUGAUACUUGCCUACUGCGCAAUACUCGGUUUCCGUAUAACCAGCCUCCGCAUCUCCGCAGCCAUCCGUCUACACUACCUUACUCGAAUUUUCUCGCAACCAAUCUCAACCCUCGAUGCACUUCCUCCCGGUCAAAUAACGUCUAUAACAACUAUUACUGCAAAUAUCCUUCAACUCGGCAUCUCCGAACGCUUGUCGUCGUUGAUCCAAGCACUUACCGUAAUAACUACUGCACUGACGAUAGGAUGUGUGUUCAGUUGGGAAUUGACGCUUGUAACGAGCACGGGGCUUGUCGCAAUCGGUACAUGGUACACAUUUAUCACACCACGGGUGGUGAAGAAGCAGGGAGAAAUGAGAGAGGUGGAGCUAGAGGCCGCGGGUGUCGUAGGAGAGGCUCUGGGUGCGAUACGGAUGGUGAAGGCCUGCGGGGCUGAGGAGAAAAUGGGGAAGAUGUUUGAUGCUUGCGUGGAAAGGUGGCUUCAAUUGGGGAAGGGCAUGUCGGGGUGGUUGAGUAUCAUGCAUGCUCCUGUAUUCUUCACUAUAUUCGCAGUUCUCAUGUCCGUUAUGACAAUGCUCGCGCACAUCAACGCGGUUUCUGUCCCCUUGUCAGCAGCCUCAAACGCAAUAAACGCUGCUUCCAUCUUCUUCACCGUAAUCGACGCGCCAAUUCCAGAUACCGGCGGCGCAAAAGGAUCUGAGGUUUUCUUGUCUGCUGAUAUUGUGCUUCAUCGUAUUAACUUUGCAUAUCCAGCGCGCCCUGAGAUAAGAAUCCUCAAUGAUCUUACCCUGGCUAUCCCUCGAGGGAGGAAAACCGCUAUUGUAGGUCCCAGCGGCUCCGGUAAAAGCACCAUUGUAGCGCUCAUACAGCGCUGGUAUGAUCUCGGAGGCAAAGAUCCUGUCACGAAUUAUCUGCGAAACGGUGAAAUUAGAAUUGGCGAAAAGCCUCUGAACCAGAUUGACAUGCGGUGGUGGCGCUCGCAGAUUGGUUUUGUACAGCAGGAGACGUUUCUGUUCAAUGAUACAAUUUUUAAGAAUGUCGCCUAUGGAUUGACGGGUACGGAGUGGGAAGAUGUGCCUGGUGAGGAGAAACGGAAAUUGGUCAAGCAAGCAUGUAAAGAGGCAUACGCUGACGAGUUCAUCGAAAUGCUUCCAGAGGGCUAUGACACUCCCGUUGGCGACGUGGGCAUCCAGCUCAGCGGUGGGCAGCGCCAAAGGAUAUGCAUAGCGAGGGCUAUCGUCCGUCGCCCCAAAAUCCUAAUAUUCGACGAGGCAACGAGCGCCCUCGACGUCGCAAGCGAGCGCAUCGUACAACUUGCCUUGGAAAAAGUGUCGCAUAAUCGCACCACAAUUGUAAUUGCGCAUCGGCUUUCCACGAUCAGAAAUGCAGAUAACAUCAUUGUCAUGAGUCAAGGUAAAGUAGUGCAGAUGGGCACCCACGAAAGUCUUCUCGGUGAAAAAGGCGGCGAAUAUGCCAACCUAGUGCACGCUCAGCAGCUCCACAGCACAAAUUACAAACACUCCCUCGAAGAUGGAGAAGAUGAACUAGAUCUGAAUAUGGAGGACUACAAGCUAAUAGACAAGUCAAGUUACGGGACCCUUGACGCGUCAGAAACAACAGCUGUUGAGACCGAAUCACCUAUUCCAGUAAAGGGUCCCAGAAGCAUUUUCAGAAGUAUCGGUAUACUUCUGUAUGAGCAAAAGCUAAAUUCAAUGGGACUUCUUCUAAUUCUGGUCGGUGCAAUGGGCGCCGCCUCAAGCAAUCCCAUCCAAGCAUACCUCUUCGCGCGACUCAUAUCAUCCUUCGCAUAUUGGGGUGAUUGGUUACGGGCAACAAACACAUUUUUGUGUCUCAUGCUGUUGGCAGUUGCUACUGGAGUUGGGUUGAGCUAUUUCACACUUGGCUGGGUGUCCAAUACUCUUUCUAUCCGCACGGUGUCCUCUUAUAGGAAAGAGUAUUUCAACAACACUGUUGCAAAACCUAUAUCAUUCUUCGACGAGCCGUCCAACUCCAUUGGAAUAUUGACCGCAAAUAUCGCGAGUGAUCCCGCUCAGCUUCAACAACUUCUCGGAAUCAACAUGGCAAUGGUUUUAAUUUCGUUCUUUGGCUUGAUAGGCUGCAUUGCCAUCGCCAUGUCUUUCUACUGGAGAUUCGCGCUCGUCAUCAUAGGAUCAUCAAUGCCCAUCAUUCUUGCGGGAGGAUGGUAUAGAGUACGCCACGAGGUUAAGUUCGAAUCACGCAACAAUGAAGUCUUUGCCGAAAGUGCACGAUUCGCCACUGAAGCCAUUGGGGCGAUCCGAACAGUGGCAUGUUUGACGCUAGAACAGUCGAUAUGCAAAAGGUAUGAUGAUUUAUUGAAGAAGCACAUUGAUAAAUCUUUGAAGGAGGCUAGAGUAAGUGGUAUAGUGUUUGCAGCGAGUGACAGUCUAGUCUUGUUGUGCAUGGCUUUCGCAUUGUGGUAUGGGGGAAGGCUUCUUUCUCGGCUUGAGAUAUCCUCUUUCGAAUUUCUCGUUGUCUACCUUGCGGUGAUUCAAGGUACGCUAGCUGCUGGACAGUGGCUAAGUUUUGGUCCCAAUCUAGCACAAGUCUCACUAGCGGCGACGCGCAUUCAAUCAAUGCGACCCAGUUCAUUUGAAGAUGCACCUUUAACCCAAAGCUCCGGAUCGCUGUCAUCAAACUACACACUACCCAUGACAAUAAUAUAUCCAGGUGCUGCCAUCGAGUUUCGGAAUAUCAGCUUCACAUAUCCAUCUCGAAAAAACGUCCAUGUCCUUCAAAAUCUCAACCUUCGCAUUCAAAACGGACAAUUUGCUGCUAUAGUGGGAAGCAGCGGCUCCGGAAAGUCUACCAUCAUCUCACUACUCGAACGCUUCUACAAGGCACAAAGAGGCCAGAUCCUCUAUAAUCAGGAAGACAUCACGAAAACACCCUUACACACAUUCAGAAAACGACUGAGCCUCGUGGCACAAGAACCAUAUCUAUUCCGCGGUAGCAUUCGUGACAACGUUCUAUUAGGCAUGGAAAUAGCAUCUCGUAGUGAGAAAGACAUGAACGAAGCUAUGUAUCGCGCAUGCGCCGCCGCCGGGAUCCACGAUUUCAUCACAUCUCUUCCUCAGGGCUACGCCACGCCCAUCGGCAACGCAGGAAUCGCAUUAUCUGGAGGUCAAAAACAACGGAUUUCUAUCGCCCGCGCAUUGAUCCGCGAGCCAGAAGUGCUGUUAUUGGAUGAAGCGACGUCUGCGUUGGAUGCGCAGACUGAGAAAGAAGUCAUGGGGAUGUUGGAGGAAACGAGGAAAUCGAGGACAAUGGUGGUCGUUGCACAUCGACUUGCAACGAUCCGUAGGGCAGAUGUGAUUUUUGUGAUGAACCGGGGACGGAUUGCUGAGGCUGGAAGGCAUGAAGAGUUGGUUGCGAAGACUGGGGGGAUCUAUAGUGAGAUGGUUCGGGCGCAGGGGCUGCUGUGAUCGCGCACAGAGUUGGUUUUUGUGUUUGGUGGUCUGAAAUAUCAUGUUCCUACAAAGCUAGGCGCUCGAUUAAAUCAUCGCGUUUCCAUGCGGCACAAACACUUGGUGUAAAAUCGUUUCUGCAAAACGUCUUGUUCCUAACCGUUUUCGUGUGACGUACACAGAAAUACUACUUGUUUUGUGCUGGAUGUAUUGACCACGAUGCUCACAUCAUCAAGUCUACGUCAAUGCUAUGAUAGCUAUCAAUCUCACCAGGUCUGGGACAAAUUCUGAAAUUCUUCCUAGUGGGUACAAUUUCACAGUCCUGUUUCACCCCUGAGCUUCUUCUCCGCUCCCCCACCGGGAAGUUCUAGUCACAUGCAUAGAAUCUCUUUGAUUUCCAACUGCCUCUUCCUUGGUUUGUUCCAGUGAUGUCGAUGAUUCGAGAAUUGACCCGGCAGCACUGACGUUCGGGUGCAUCUUUCCGCGGGGCUACAGCCUGACCGUUUUGCUUUACC